UCAAAAAGCUCUAAUCAGCAAUGUGGAGCAUCACCGGAGCAUUGACUGUGGCGGUGCCGCCUACCGCCGCCGCUUGCCGUCCAAAACCCUUUCUCGUCUCCUCUUCCUUUCCCAAGCAGACAAAGAAACUCCAUCUCUCUCCGCCGUCUCUGUCUCUACCAUCAUCACAUUUCUCCUCCUCUUUCAAAACCGCAGCUAGCUCCGUCGAACAACAGUCGGAUAACAAGGGAGAGAGCACCAAGUACCAUUUCCUGGUAGCAAACGCUAAAUUCAUGCUUGACGAAGAGGAACACUUCCAGGAGCAAUUGUUUGAACGUCUCCGUUACUAUGGUGAGCGUGACUUAGUGCAAGACUUCUGGCUUGUCAUUGAGCCUAAAUUCCUUGACAAUUUCCCCAAAAUUACUCAAAGACUUCGUCGUCCUGCUGUUGCUCUUGUUUCCACCAAUGGCUCCUGGAUCACGUUUAUGAAGUUAAGAUUGGAUCGUGUUCUAUAUGAUUCCUUUGAAGCUACCUCUCUUGAUGAAGCCUUGGCCUCCAAUCCUACCACUCUAGAGUUCGAUAAGCCUAAAAAUUGGGUGGCGCCAUACCCCAAGUAUGAACCUGGAUGGUGGGAUACCUUCUUGCCCAAAGUAACCCAAGAAUCUGCAGUAUAGAACUUUGCCUUUUCUCUUGUUUUGCAUUCUCCAAUCUCAGCUUUGUCUUAGUGCUUUAAAGUUUUGUAUUACUGAGCUUAUUAUCUAAGUCGAUAUCUUUGUUAGUAUAGCUUCUACUUUAAAGUUGCCUGCUUGAUACGCUACUCACUCAAGGUUAAGC